AUGGCCCUCCUCUCAAGAGACAGUGAUACCUCUUCCCUGGAGGACUCACCUGUGGAUUCUAGCAGCUCUGAGGAGGAGGAGGCACAUAAGGAGGAUGUACAGGAUCAUGGGGAUCCCUGGGGAGUCAGCCCAAGAGGCACCAGCAUGCCUACAGUCACAGAGCUCUGGCCACAAUUUAGGCAUGGAAAGACUCUUCGUUUCCUCCAACUCUUUGAGACCCAGAAGACACCAUCUGUGUGGGAGAAGACAAAAAUGAUGGCUCCAGUGGCCCCACAGACUGGCUCUCAAUCAGCUGACUGCUCCCAGGACCCUCACUCAGAGGAGGUGGCCCCAUGGCGUUAUGGCCCUGCCAAGCUUUGGUAUGAUAUGCUAGGCGUCCCUCCCCAUGGGAGAGGUUUUGAUUAUGGAUUUCAACUUAAAGAAAAGUCACCAGAGGAGGAGGAGACAACCCAAAUAGACCACUCCUUGCUGAAGGAUGAAAACUUCCUGAUGGUUGUGCAGAAAUCCUGGGAAGAUGACAUAAUCUGGGAUAACAGAGACAUCCAAGGGUACUGCCCUGAUGCCCAGAAAGUAUCUCAGGCAGGGUGGAUUCCCUCUGGAAAGACAAAAUUGUUCAAAACAGAUGCCCAUGACCCUUCUCAGCCUGGUGGGUCAAUUUUUAUCCCUGAGAGUGAAGACCUCAUCUGUGGUCGAUGGGAAGACAACAUUAUUUGGGAUGCCCAAGCCAUGCCCAAACCACUGUAUCCUACAGUCCUAACCAUUGAUGCAGAUGAUGAGAACCUCCUGUUGGUUGAUAUCGAGGAGCCUGUGGAAGUAGAGACUCCAGCCCCUGAAACACUGACCCAGAAGGAGUCUUCAAAGGAGAGACAAAUCAUGCUAAAAUGUGGCAUCAUGGAAGCAGAUGAGGCUGAGCAAACUCCAGUCCAGCUGAAAGCCAAGGACCCCUGGAACCUGUCCAAUGAUGAAUUUUAUUUCCCCCAGCAGCAAGGCCUCCAGGUUUCCUUCAGAGCUCCUAUAAUACAGCAUUCAAUACCAGCACUAGAGCUACACCCCAGACUCUUUCCUACCCACAUGGAAGUUGAGGAACUCCGCCUGUUUCACAGACUCCCACUCAGGAGCCUGGGCAGAGGGCCCCACCCUGUCCGAAGCUUGAUUUAUCACAUAGAAAAGAAAGCCCAGGAACGGCAGCAGGAACUGAAGGCUUCAGGGGGAGGUCACAUGUUUUUCAUGAAAACAAUCCAGGACUUGAGUGGACUAGAUGGAGAUCUCAUCCUGGUUGAGUGGAGUGAGGAAAAUCCACCAUUUCUGAACCAGGUUGGAAUGGCCUCCCAGAUCCAGAACUAUUACAAAAGGAAAAUUGGGAAGGAUCCUGGGCCUCCUGCCUACAAGUAUGGAAAUCUUGCGUUUUGUUCAUCCUCACCCUUCUUGGGGAAACUCCAUGCUGGACAGUUCUUGCAGGCUUUGGAGAACAAACUUUUUCGAGCUCCCAUCUACCCACAUCAGAUGGCAGACACAGAUUUCCUGGUUGUGGUGACCAAAGCAAGUUACUUUCUGAGGGAAGUGAAAGAUGUGUUUAUUGCUGGACAGCAGUGUCCGCUGGAUGAAGUUCCUGCUCCCAACUCAAACAUGGCAAAGAAUUACAUGCAUGGAUUCCUCCAGGUGUUUAUAUAUAGGCAGUUUUGGAGCAGCCCUUACAGGCCUCGAAGGAUUCGAAUGGAGGACAUCCGAAGGGCCUUCCCCAAACUUGCUGAAAGUAGCAUUCGAAGGAGGCUGACUAAGUGUUCAGAUUUCCAUCGGACAGGGACCUAUUUUAAUUGGUGGGUGCUGAAGGCUGGAUUUCGCUUGCCAAGUGAAGAAGAACUGAGGGUCAUGUUGACUCCAGAGAAAUGUUGUGCUUUGUAUAGCAUGCUGGCUGCCCAGCAGCGUCUCAAGGAUGCUGGCUAUGGGGAGGUGUCUCUCCUGGACACAGAGGAGACCAAUGAUGACAGCAUGUGUCUAGAAGAUGAGGUCCAGGCUGCCCCAUGGAACACAACUCGGGCCUUCCUGGCAGCCACCAAGGGACAGUGUCUGCUGGAAGUGAGUGGAGCAGCUGACCCCACAGGCUGUGGGGAGGGCAUUUCCUAUGUCAAACUCAAGAAUAAAACCCGCUUGGAGGUGGGGAAGCUAAUGGGUACUGAUGCAGACCUUCGACGUCUCACCCUCAAGAAAGCCCAGAAGUUGCUGAGGAUAUUUGGGAUCUCAGAGGAGGAGAUUAAGAGACUCUCUCGCUGGGAAGUGAUUGCAGCUGUUCGAGCCCUGUCUACCAAGGAGCUAAACUCAGGGGCCAAUUCUAGAGCCCUUACCAAAUUCGCACGAGUGUCCCAGUCCUCAGGAGCAGAGCAGCAGAGACACUUCCAGCAAGAGGUCCAAAGAAUUUUUGACCUCCAGAACAGGGUCCUGGCUUCAACUGAUGUGCUGUCCACAGAUACGGACAGUAGCUCAUCAGAUGAAGAAAAUGAUCAUGUGAUGGACACCAUGUGUCGUCAAAUUGAGGACCUCCUGGACAGAAAGACCGAUCCUCAGAAGCUGAAGAGAGAGAAGGAAAAGCAAGAGUAUCUGGAGUUAAAGCAGUUUUUGCUCAGAGGAGAGGGGGGUGCUCAUCUCCAAGAAAAAGGCAAAACAGAAAAGCAGGAUGGGAGCUUGGCCACCUCGAGUCCUGUAUCUCUGUUUAUCCAUCGGACGUAUGUUGAUGAGUCUGGCAAAGAGUACGUGCGGAGUGAGAUAGUCCAGGAUCCAGCAGUGAUCAAAGUAUACGUCCAUGUGAAGACCACCAAAGAUGAGGACUCCAUCCGGCAAUUCUUUCAGCCAGAUGAGCAGAAGCGGCAGGAACUGCGGAAAGAGAAGAAAAGACUCCAAGACAGACUUCGCCGAAUCCGCAUAGCGAAGGAAAGAGAAGAGAAAAAGGGACACUUUCCCCUAGAGAAGCUUCCCAAGCCAGAGGCCCCCAAAUUGAAUCUAAUAUGUGGUGCCUGUGGAUCUCAUGGCCACAUUAAGACAAACAAGACGUGUCCAAAUUACUGCCCACCCAAGAACCUGGCCCCCAGGCUCAGAGUCAUGACCCAGGAGCAAGAGGAAAAGGAACUAGCCAAACGACUCCCUCAGGAAUCUCUUAUCAAAGUCCAAGAAACCAAACUUUUCAUGAAGAAAAAGCUAUUUGAAACCAUGAAAGAAGUCCAAAGGGAGACACUGAAGGUGAGAGUUGAGAAACGGCCCCUGCCCCAGAAGAGCCCAUCUGGUCCUCCCCAGAAGAGACAAUCUGUGCAUGUGGAUUCUGAUGAAGGUUUAAGCUGUAUCCGGAAGAUGGAGCUUCAGGGAAUCCUCCAGCAGUAUAGUGUGGUCAGAAUUGAGGGACUCAAAAUCACACUUCAGAAGAAGCCAAAAGUCAGCUCUUUGGAGGUGAAAAGGGAGGUUCUGAAGGGCGGAGAGGAAGAACAGUGCUCACCCAGGAAGAGAGAACUCGAUCGUAUCCAACCAGAUGACCACUCUAUGGAUGAGCCCUCUGCAUGUAUCAGGGAAGAGACCGUUGGAAUGCCCUUCUCUGCCAGCCCAGUCUUCACAAGUUACAUUGAACAUCACUGUCGAAAUGCCUCCUGUAAAAGCUGCACGCCUUCACCCAAUGGGAACGCCACCAGUCACUUCAGCUAA